AUGCUACCGUACCUCUUCCCUGACCUUGCUGCCUUUCCCACAGUAGCUGACCUCAUUACGCACCUCCGCACUAGUGACACUCUCUACCGUGCUGCACUUCCUGCUGACUUCUGCGCCAAGAACCCCCCCCACAUGUACAUCACUCUCUACUACAUAGUCACACGCCUCCCUGACUCCCUUCGUGUAGUCAGGGACCACUUCCUCUCAGUCUGUCCCACCACUCUCAUUGUUGACCUCCUCGAGAAGGCCCUCCUAGCGAUUGAGAAGAGCAUAGUCGCUGUAGGAGCCUCUCGAGCGGGAGACGCCGCUCUGGCAAGGGCAAGGGGGGCAGAGGCACUGGAGGAGCGAGCGGGGGCGGUGGAGGUGGAGGUGGAGGCGGCGGGGGGAGUGGGGGUGGUGGUGGGAGUGGAGGUGGGGGUGGAGAUGUCGAUGGCGGCAGUGGAGGCAGAGGCGGCGGCGGCGGUGGCGGUGGGAGCGGAGGUGGCGGAGGUGGCGGCGGUGGAGGAGGCGGCGGAGGUGGUGGUAGUAGCGGAGGCGGCGGAGGCGGCGGAGGCGGGGGGGGUGGCGAUGGAGCUGGUCGCGGGUCUACGCAGAGGAGUGGCUCCGGUGCGGGGUGGGGAUUCUGGUCCGUGCACCUACGUCCUGCGCACCGCCGACCGUGCGGGUGAGCGGUGUGGGGGUGCGCACCCCACCCAGCACUGCUUUGGCCGCCUGACGGACGCGUGGCGUCACCAGUUCCUGGAGGCCACAGAGAUCCCUCGCUGGGGCGAGCUGUCUAGGGCGGGUGUUGCCAUCUAUGAUCUUGAUUUUGAUGCUAUUCUUUCUGCCAUGUAUGCUGUGUCUAUUAAUGAUGAGGGUGACUGUUACCGGUGUUUCCCGCCCGAUCCAGGCAUUGAGACUGCUGCUCUAGGUACUGGUGAGGCGGCUGCCCUAGGUGCUUGCGACGCUGCUGCUCUAGGUGCUAGUGCGUCUGCGUCUUCAGGUACUGGUGAGUCUGCGCUCUCAGGUACUACGUCGCCUUCGGCCUCCCUCACCUUCACCCUUGACUCUGGGGCUUCUCGCUCCUUCUUUCGGGACCGCACCACACUCACGCCGCUUAGUCGGCCGGUUGCGGUGUCUCUGGCUGACCCCUCUGGGGGUCCUGUCCUGUCUCACUUCUCCACAGUCCUCCCGUGUCCGGCGGCUCCCUCUGGCACCCUGUCUGGUCUCUACCUCCUCUCGUUCUCUACGAACAUGGUGAGUGGUGCUGACCUACAGGAUUGGGGAGUACACCAGUUCACUCUUGCGCGUCAGCGGGUGACGCACUGCACAGAGGCUAGCACAGGCCGACAUCUGGCUACGUUCACCCUUCAGCCGGGGUCGAGCCUGUACACACUGACCACUGCGUCUCCUCCAGUUGCUGAGUCUGGUAGGGUAGCUGCGUCGGGUCAGGUGUUUGCUGCAGCGUCCAGGUCUGGUCCUGAGUCUGCCCCCUGUUCGUGUCGUCUCCUGUCUCACGAGACUCUCCUCUGGCACCACCGCCUUGGUCACCCCUCUCUGCUUCGGCUCAGAGGCAUGGCCUCCCGUCUUCUUGUUUCUGGUCUCCCCCGGUCCCUCCCUCCCCUUCCUCAGGGUCCUUGCCCUACCUGUGUCCCCUGUGUCGAGGGGCGUCAGCGUGCUGCCCCUCACUCCUCCCAGUUUCCUCCGACAGAGGCCCGGUUGCAGACGCUUCAAAUGGACGUGUGGGGCCCAGACCGCGUCCGUGGACAGGGUCACGAGCGCUACUUCCUGCUCGUUGUUGACGACAACUCGCGUUACACCGCAGUCUUCCCCUUGCGCAGCAAGGGUGAUGUCACUGAGCGCCGCAUUGGCAUGGUCAUGGACGUCGCUCGUACGUCUAUGAUGCAUGCGGCUGCUCCCCAUUUUCAGUGGCCGUUUGCGGUGAGGUACGCGGCGCAUCAGAUCAACCUACACCCCAGGGUCUCCAGGCCGGAGACCUCCCCAGCCUUGCUGUGGACGGGGAAGGUUGGCGAUGCGUCGGCGUUCCGGGUCUGGGGAUCUCGGGCGUUUGUCCGCGACUUGUCUGCGGACAAGCUGUCCCCUCGUGCUGCUCCUUGCGUCUUCCUGGGGUUCCCCCCUGACGCGCCUGGGUGGCAGUUCUACCACCCCACCUCUCGCCGUGUUUUGUCCUCCCAGGACGUCACGUUUGACGAGUCGGUCCCCUACUACCGCAUCCUCUCACGCACGACACAUGCUCAAUGUGAGGAUACUCAAGCAUGA